AUGUCAGAAGGAAAAGAAACCACCUCAACUGUAAUUACAAAUAAAAAUGUAAAUAACAGUAAUAAUAGCGUUAAUAGAUCAAACUCGUAUCAAAAAGAAAUACCAUUUAAUUAUCAAAAAUUUCUUGAACAAAUGAAUCAUAAAAAUGCAAUAAAAAUUGUAAGAUACGUUAGAAAUUUUGAAUUAGAAUUUGAAAGGUAUCCUAGAGCAGUUAGUGAUCAAAUCAAAUUCGUGCAUGAAUUUCUAGACUUUAUAGCAGGAAAAAUGCGUGAAUGUGAGUUAUGGAAGAAUGCAACAGAACAAGAAUUUGAAAAUGCAAGGGAAGGAAUGGAGAAAUUGGUGAUGAGCUUACUAUAUAAAUUAACUUUUACACCUGCAAUUAAAGAGCCACCUGUAACUGAUGAUAUAGAAUCUGAUAACAUUUUGCAUCAAAAAAUAGAAAUAUUUAGAUGGGUUAGAGAACAACAUUUAGAUAUUCCGAUUACUUCACGCAAUGAAUCUUUUUUGAAUUUUGCUAAAAAAGAACUAUUAAAGAUAAAUAAUUAUAAAGCUCCAAGGGAUAAGCUUAUUUGUAUACUUAAUUGUUGUAAAGGCAUAUAUGAAGGAGCCGAUAAAUUUUUACCGGUACUAAUUUUUGUUAUUUUAAAAGCAAAUCCCGAACAUUUAAUGUCUAAUGUUCAAUAUAUUCAUAGAUUCAGGAGUCCAGAAAAAUUACAAUCCGAAGCUGGUUAUUAUUUAUCUAGUUUAAUGAGUGCAAUUUCUUUUAUUGAAAAUAUGGACGCCCCUUUAUUGACCAUAACAAAAGAAGAAUUUGACAAAAAUAUUGAGAUGACAGUGAAGGAGCUUGACAGAGAACGACCAAAACCUCUAGAAAACACUAGAGAAAUUAAUUACGAGAAUACCAUACAUCCAUCAUCCAGAUCAAUUGUUCAGAAUAAUCAUAAUAAAGUAGAUUCGUUAUCGUCAACUUCUUCAUCGGUACCACGUAAUAAUGCACCCAUCAACACCGCCAAUGCCACUGCUAAUCUCACCGCUAAUCCUUCUAAUCUUCCUCGACGAUUGACAAUCAGCGAACUGUUGUCUUAUAAAUCAAAAUCCCUGUCAUCUCAUAAUUCACGUGAUUAUGCUCAUGUACAAGAAGAAGUUGCACGAGUCACUGAUCAAGAUAUUCAAAAAUCAUUAGAAUCACUUAAAUCCAUGUUCCCUGACAUAGAAUCAGAUUUGUGUGGAGAUAUUUUUUAUGAGUGGUGA